UUGUAUUCAAGAUGGAGACCGCCAGUAAAAUGAGCCUAGCAGCUCUACAACAACAAGAUCCGUAUAUCAACAAACUUCUCGAUGUUACCGGACAGGUAGCACUGUACACCUUUAAUUCCAAAGCAAAUGAAUGGGCUGAUGCUCCAUCCUAGGAGUGGUCAAAGAAUCAACUGCUGCCUUGGACAGUCGGGGAUCCCCAUUGGGAGGACAGGGCGACCCCGCCACCAGAACGGGCCCCAUGGCAGCGGCUGGCUGUGACUGCACGAUUGGAGUGGGGGUCUCCUUAACAAUGGCUAGUCAAAGCUCUUGCUGAGGGGGGUGCAGACCUUGGUGUGCUGGUCUGUGCUCUCUGGAGUUGUCUUCAUCUGAUGUGGAGCUGGGCCUCUCUGGAGUUGUCUUCAUCUGAUGGGGAGCUGGGCCUCUCUGGAGUUGUCUUCAUCUGAUUGGGAGCUGGGCCUCUCUGGAGUUGUCUUCAUCUAAUGGGGAGCUGGGCCUCUCUGGAGUUGUCUUCAUCUGAUGGGGAGCUGGGCCUCUCUGGAGUUGUCUUCAUCUGAUGGGGAGCUGGGCCUCUCUGGAGUUGUCUUCAGCUGAUGGGGAGCUGGGCCUCUGGAGAGCAGAAGCGGACCUGGCUCUCCUGUGCUUAUUGUCGAGAGGGCCUAGACUACGCCCUCCUGAUCUCUUCCCUUUCAUAGAACAGCUCCUCGUAGUCCCUCUGCAGCUCCCAACUGGAGAGGGUGUGGUCACUCCAUGGCCACUGAGGAAGCCUGGAGCAGGGCUUGGACAAGAGAGGGGUGUAAGCUCAUUCUCGGGUGCGUGGCGGCUUUGUGUGUAGUUGUGGGCUGAGGUGGGGUACCUCAACAUCUCAGCUAUAGCAGGCCAGAAUCCGGGAGAUAUGAAGGACCAUGUAAAAAUGUCUAUUCGGAACUCGUCUGAGUUGUCAGCUUUGAAUGCCCUCACCCGCUAGUACCGAAUGCUGAUUCACUAAGAUCUGCCCACUAUAGUGUUGUCCUAUCAGAACUUCAUGUUGAGGCCCAUUAAUAUACACUUUGUCACCAACUUGUCAGCUCAGGGAUUUGAUCGAGCAACCUUUCGGUUACUGGCCCAACGCUCUAACCACUAGGCUGCCUGUCGCCAAUCAUUAAGAUUCAGUUAGAGUACACUAAAUAAAUAUACAUGCAAUACAACAAUAAGCAGAUAAGAAAACGGUCAUAAUAUAAACAUAUCAAUGAAUACAAUAGUAUAGCAUCUACAUGAAGAAUAUACAGCCAGAGAAGGAGAACUCUUAACUUCUUACUUGGUUGGGGUAGAUUUAAAUACAGUAGAGUUAACAUUAGCUGAGCACUAGCAAACAAUACUAACUUCUUACUUGCAAACGUAUCUACACAGUUACGCUGCACAAUAAGGUAACCAUAACUCACUACUAUUGCACCCCCUAUUAGCACAAUAACAUUCCCAACACUCAAUUGCCAAUGGACGAACAGCACUUUAGUAGAAAGGCAGCAUGUGAAUUCUGUCAGCAUCAAACAGGUCUUCUUUCUAAAGAUGGCAAAACACGUUUUAACAUAAGGUGUGCAGGGUUGGAGCGUGUCCAAGUGCCCUGAUUGGUUGGAAUGAAUGAGCGAUUGAUAGGUCUGAAAGCCAGUCCAAUUGAAAUAUGGGAUAUGUUUCGUAUUGCGUCAGACAACAACAUUGACGAAUACGCUGAUUCGGUGAGCGAGUUCAUUAGAACGUGCGUUGAAGAUGUCGUUCCCACAGCAACGAUUAAAACAUUCCCAAACCAGAAACCGUGGAUUGAUGGCAGCAUUCGCGUGAAACUGAAAGCCCGACCCACUGCUUUUAAUCAGGGCAAGGUGACCGGAAACAUGACCGAAUACAAACAGUGUAACUAUUCCCUCCGCAAGGCAAUCAAACAAGCUAAGCGUCAGUAUAGAGACAAAGUAGAAUCUCAAUUCAACGGCUCAGACACAAGAGGUAUGUGCCAGGGUCUACAGUCAAUCACGGAUUACAAAAAGAAAACCAGCCCAGUCACGGACCAGGAUGUCUUGCUCCCAGGCAGAUUAAAUAACUUUUUUGCCCACUUUGCGGACAAUACAGUGCCACUGACACGGCCCACAACUAAAACAUGCAGACUCUCCUUCACUGCAGCCGACGUGAGGAAAACAUUUAAACGUGUCAACCCUCGCAAGGCUGCAGGCCCAGACGGCAUCCCCAGCCGCGCCCUCAGAGCAUGCGCAGACCAGCUAGCUGGUGUGUUUACGGACAUAUUCAAUCAAUCCCUAUCCCAGUCUGUUGUUCCCACAUGCUUCAAGAGGGCCACCAUUGUUCCUGUUCCCAAGAAAGCUAAAGUAACUGAGAUAAACGACUAUCGCCCCGUAGCACUCACUUCCGUCAUCAUGAAGUGCUUUGAGAGACUAGUCAAGGACCAUAUCACCUCCACCCUCCCUUAGACCCUAGACCCACUCCAAUUUGCUUACCGCCCAAAUAGGUCCACAGACGAUGCAAUCUCAACCACACUGCACACUGCCCUAACCCAUCUGAACAAGAGGAAUACCUAUGUGAGAAUGCUGUUCAUCGACUACAGCUCGGCAUUUAACACCAUAGUGCCCUCCAAGCUCGUCAUCAAGCUCGAGACCCUGGGUCUCGACCCCGCCCUGUGCAACUGGGUACUGGACUUCCUGACGGGCCGCCCCCAGGUGGUGAGGGUAGGCAACAACAUUUCCACCCCGCUGAUCCUCAACACUGGGGCCCCACAAGGGUGCGUUCUGAGCCCUCUCCUGUACUCCCUGUUCACCCACAACUGCGUGGCCACGCACGCCUCCAACUCAAUCAUCAAGUUUGCGGACGACACAACAGUGGUAGGCUUGAUUAUCAAACAACGACGAGACGGCCUACAGGGAGGAGGUGAGGGCCCUCGGUGUGGUGUCAGGAAAAUAACCUCGCACUCAACGUCAACAAAACUAAGGAGAUGAUUGUGGACUUCAGGAAACAGCAGAGAGAACACCCCCCUAUCCACAUUGAUGGGACAGUAGUGGAGAGGGUAGUAAGUUUUAAGUUCCUCAGCGUACACAUCACAGACAAACUGAAUUGGUCCACCCACACAGACAGCAUCGUGAAGAAGGCGCAGCAGCGCCUCUUCAACCUCAGGAGGCUGAAGAAAUUCGGCUUGUCACCAAAAGCACUCACAAACUUCUACAGAUGCACAAUCGAAAGCAUCCUGUCGGGCUGUAUCACCGCCUGGUACGGCAACUGCUCCGCCCACAACCGUAGGGCUCUCCAUAGGGUAGUGAGGUCUGCACAACGCAUCACCGGGGGCAAACUACCUGCCCUCCAGGACACCUACACCACCCGAUGUCACAGGAAGGCCAUAAAGAUCAUCAAGGACAACAACCACCCGAGCCACUGCCUGUUCACUCCGCUAUCAUCCAGAAGGCGAGGAAAAGACCGAAAUUGAAGGCACCUUAUUUGUUUAUGCCAGGUGUGCAUCCCCUUAUCAUGGCUUCACCAUCAUGAAUCGCCUGAGCACAGAGAAUCUGGUGGAGCCCAUCAACAAAGACCUUGAGUUUCAGCUCCAAGACCCCUUCCUGCUGUACAGGAAUGCUAACUUGGGCAUAUACAGCAUCUGGUUUUACGAUAAGAAGGACUGCCAGCGCAUCGCUCAGCUCAUGGUGAAGAUUGUGAAGCAGGAAGCCUUGCAGGGCCACCGGGGCUCCCCAGAGAGGGCUGACGUCCCUGGGAGGACCAAUGGCUGCUCCAAUGACAUCCUGGAGCUCCUCAGCAAGGCCAAGGAUGAGUUCCACAGGACUCAGGCGGGGGAAACAGAGAUGUCCGUUACUGCUGAGCAGAGGGUGAACACCGAGACGCUGAAAUCAGCCGGUGACACUACAGCGCACGCUCACAGCGCCUCACAGCCAGAACAGAGCUCCCACUCUGGCCAGAGGCAGAUCACUGUGGAGGAGCUGUUUGGCAAUUCUCUACCGAAGGAGGCCAACCUGCUGCCAGCCAUGCCCACCCAGAGUUCCACAGACCCUGCUGCCACGGCCCCCGUCAGCUCCCUCCAGGCCCAGAGCUAUGCUCCGCCCAUCCCUUUCCAGCCCUUACUGACACCCCGCCUCACAGCAGACCCAGGGGGAAACAACCGGCACCUCACCCCUGGUCUGAUCUCCCUGAUGGAGGCCAGAGGGAGCCCUGGCCCAGGCUACACCCCCUACCCUGUGUUCCCCGGUGGACCUUCAGGGGACCCCCAACCCCAGCACUCUGUGUCCCCACUGUUGGUGACGCCAUCUGGGAUUGAGGCUUGCGGUCCUCCACCUGGCCCUCUGUCGGCCUACCUAGGGAAGGAACCGGCCUACCUGAAACCCAGCCUCUCUGAUCUCCACAAACCCGCCCUCACACCUAGCGUCUUGCCUAGCCCGCUGGCCACACCCCAGAGCUUCAGAGAGCCAAUCACCAAGCCCGCUGCCCUCGACAGCAUGCCCACAGGCCGUGUGCAGGCUGUCCCUGUGAAGGCGGGUCUUGUGGUACCGGGGGCGGGCACUUCACUUACGGGGGCAAAGCACUCCAUUCUGCUCUCACCAAGCGCCUUUCAGCAUUCUGUUGCCAAGAAAACGGAACUGCAGAGGAAAGCUGCCCCUCCCUCGCCUCCGCCCGCAGCCACAGGGGUGGUGGAGCUCCCCCAACCCUCCUACAACAGGAUUCAGUUACAAGACACACUCAUCCACCUCAUCAAGAAUGACCCAGUGUUUCUCAGUGCCAUCCACGAGGCCUACCUCCACAGUCUCUCCAAGGACCUGAGCCACGUCAAGCUAUAGCCUCAUUCCAAACCUGAGGCUGGGCCUGGACACGCCUGGACAGGGGCACCAGCCAACCUAACGUACAGGUACUGGAUCACUGGGGGCUACUGCUGGCCAUGUGCAGAGGCACAAACACUCCUAACUUGAGGCACAAACUGGCUCUGUACCUCUGGAGCAGCUAUGUGACUGCAGGAGAAGGACGGGACUUGAAUGUAGCAGGCUCAUAUCAUUGUUCUCCUACCCUGUGUGGAGGAGAAGGUGAAUGGGGACAUGUCACAGUAGUGUCAAAUCAAGUACGCACUCUAGUAAGACAUAUUGUUGAUGAGAAAUAAACCCCUGGGGAAGGAGGAUGAUAAUAAGAGUAAACCGUAAACCCUCAUAUGUCUUGGGAAAGAGCCUCCGGCCCUCUAUGGUGAGGUCAGUGCUUCGGGACUUGCUGUGCAAGCCUAAAUUAAUUCAACUCCAGGUCCACUUCCUUGUUCUUCCUCAGUACAGCUGGGAUUCUACACACAUGCUCUCUCCCGUACCCCCUCUCUCUCUUUCUCAAUCUCUUGUGAUCCUUCUUUCUGUCAUUCCCUCACCCCAUUCAUGACCACCAGCCUCUGUCCCUGUUAAGGGAUGUGUGCAAUAGAUUGCAAUGCCUUUUGGGAGAUUAUAGUUUUUUUUUUAUAUAACCAAGCUUAAGUGUGUUUUUUCCCAAGGGUUUAGACAGAGAAUUUUUGUAUUCAUGUCGGCCCUAUUACGUGGGGUAAGGCACUAAAAGCUACUGCAAGACUGUACCUGAGCUAACAGCAAUCAUCAAAAGGAUCAUCUUGUUUAAUAAGGUUGAUGUCCACGCCCCCGUGGAAAUCCAAUUGGCAUAAUGAAUUUUUUUUAAACAUAAAAAUCAGUCAGCUUAAGCUAGAGAGCCACUGCUUCGGCCUAUAUCACGCUUCCACAUCUGGUGAAUGGUGACAGAGCUAGAGCGGUGUUUGUCAGAUCAUAAACAUCCUGAAAAUCGGUCUUCUCACAAAAUGGUCUGCAGUGUCUGAACAGUGACCCCUCUAUGGAAGGGUUGAUACUCUCACCAACACCAUAGUGUUCUCCGUUUUGCCCUACACCUGCCACCCGUCAGGAGACUUGUCUGAAGUCGGCACAGACGAUCUGCCAACUUCUGUCUGUAGCGUCCCAACCGUUUGGCUACACACUAAUAUGACCCCUCUGUGGAAAGGUGAGACUGUCACGAACAUGUACAGUACCAAUCAAAUAUUGACACACCUACUCAUUCAAGGGUUUUUCUUUAUUUUGACUAUUUUCUACAUUGUACAAUAAUAGUGAAGACAUCAACACUAUGAAAUAACACACAUGGAAUCAUGUAGUAACCAAAAGUGUUAAACAAAUCAAAAUAUAUUUUAUAUUUGAGUUUCUUCAAAGUAGCCACCCUUUGCCUUGAUGACAGCUUUGCACACUCUUGGCAUUCUCUCAACCAGCUUCACCUGGUCAUAUUAGUGUGAAUGGAAGUAUAUAUGGAGACUGUUUAACCAAAUAUAUGGGGUUAAAUAAGAUUGUUUAUAUCUGAGAGAUAUAAGAAAUAACUUCCUUUUGAUAUUUUUGGGGCCUAUCUGUUCUGUGUUGUGAAUCUGUUAUUCAAUGUGUUUGUAUGGGCUAAUAGCAGUAAGACCCCCAAAAAUGUUCAUCAAAUAUAUAUAUAUAUAUAUUUUUUUGAUACUUCAAGGGGUCUUAAAAUUCUAAAUAAAAUAGCUAAAUUAAUUGGUAUGACCUUCUUAAAACAAUUCCAUAUAACUUAGUAGAUCCCCCUCCCCCAGCUUAGCGACCUGUAUAUUAGACACGGUAUAUUCUCUCACUUUCUCUGUUCUCCACUCUGCAACCAACAGCUGAAAGGGACUAGUAUGUCAUGACAGGUUGAGUCAAUGUGUAUAUCUUUGAUCUUGUAGGUCAGUCAGUCAGUUUUGAAUGUUUUUGAUAACGCCAUCCUCCCUUACACAUAUCUGACCAUGUGCCACACUGCCAAUCUACACUGAGUGUACAUAACAUUAAGGACAGCUUCCUAAUAUUGAGUUGCACCCCCCCACCCCUCCCUUUUGUCCUCAGAACAGCAUAAAUUAGUCGGCAUGGAAAGCGUUCCACAGGGAUGCUAGCCCAUGUUGACUCCAGUACUUCCUACUGUUGUGUCAAGUUGGCUGGAUCCCCUGUGGGUGGUGGACCAUUCUGGAUACAGAUGGGAAAUUGUUGUGUGUGAAAAACACAGCAGCGUUGCAGUUCUUGACAGAAACCGGUGUGACUGGCACCUACUACCAUACCCGGCUCAAAGGCACUUAAAUCUUUUGUCUUGCCCAUUCAGGUAAAGUGUAUGGAGUAAAAAGUACAUUAUUAUCUUUAGGAAUUUAGUAAAGUAAAAGUAGAAAUUGUCAAAAAAUAUAUAUGGUAAGGUACAGAUACCAAAAAAACUUAAGUACUUUACACCACUGAUGGAAGAGCAGGUGUCAAUAUUUUGUGCACUCAGUGCAUGUUCACAUGAUUUGAUCACACACAGUAUGUAUUUCAGUUUGGCUGCACUCAAUCACACAUUUCAUUUCGAUUGACAGACGUAAAGAAUGGUGGUGUUUAGCUAUAGACAACGGAGGAAAUUGAGAACCUCAUCUAAACAAAUAACUAAUCAACACAUUGUUGUCAAAGGAAUUUUAGUUUUUGACCUCGUCUCUUGAUUUCUUUCAGCCAGAAAGUAUAUGUAAGUUUCUUCGUAGUGUAAGAAGAGAACCUCUUACUUCAUGCACAUUGUUUUCACGUAACACCCCAGUCAGUAAAAAGCAGUUCAUUAGUAGUUUGUGACUCAAUUUGGUUCCUCAAUAAUAUAUUUUUCUUCUUCUAUGACACCGUUUUAUUGGCUCAAUGAUGCAUGUUGUUUGAUAGGUGUGUUUUCAGACACGAUAUCAGAGUUUACUCCCCUGUGUACAUAUUAUUUAGUCACAGGCUCAAUACUGGAGGAGAGAAUAGAUGAGGCCCAGAGAUAAAAAUACAUAAAAAAUGUCUAAGAUUAUUUUACACUGUGUUAAAGUAUGCCUCUUAUUUGUCAGUGUCAGUUUAAUGAGUUAACUUGUCUAAUGAACCAUGUCAUUUCUUACAGGUUUUUUCUGUCACUCUGUGCUUUUGUUUAUUAUAAAUAUUUUGUGAUAUUAAAGAUUAAGUGAAGUUUUCUCUCAAA